AGAAAAGCUGCGUGGCGGUUAUAGGAACAUUUGGGGGUUAACCACGUGGAGGAUCCGUUACUCCCGCCAUUCGUGUGUUGGCUGGCCGCAAGAGAGAGAGAGAGAGAGAGAGAGAGAGAGAGAGAGGCAAAUAGUGCAUUCAGGAAUUAAUAUUCGACGUUCAACUAUUUUCAUUUUUUUCUCAACUUUAAGAAAAAAGGCGAAACUGUUAGGGUUUCCCCAAAACCAGUUUCUGCAUAAAACCUUCCCGUGAAGACGAACCCCCUCCGCGUUCUUUUUUCCUCGACAUUGUGUUUUCUCUGUCACUGUUUCUGGAAUUGCAUCCACAAAUUCUUCAUCCAAUGCAGGUGACUGAUGUGAUUUUGAUGUCUAAUGUCUUUCUUAUUGGGUAACGAGACGUGUCAAGUUUGCCACAAUAGGCAAAGAUGAACAUUGCUGCUCUUUUAACAUCUGCUGGAAUUAAUAUUACCGUGUGUGUGGUGCUCUUCUCACUCUAUUCAAUAUUACGGAAACAGCCCAGCAAUAUCAAUGUGUACUUUGGAAGAAGGCUUGCCUCUCGGCGUUUGAGAAGCCGUGAUCUUUCCUUGGAAAGAUUUGUUCCCUCUCCUACCUGGGUAGUGAAAGCAUGGGAAACUACUCAAGAUGAAAUACUGACUAUUGGUGGCUUGGAUGCUGUGGUUUUUAGCAGGAUGCUUGUGUUCAGUAUUCGAGUAUUUUCUGUCGCUGCUGUCGUCUGCUUUAUUCUAGUGCUUCCAGUGAAUUACUAUGGUCAGGACAGAAUACAUAAGAAUAUACCUUUUGAGGCAUUGGAAGUAUUUACCAUUGAGAAUGUUGGAGAAGGAUCCAGUUGGCUUUGGGCUCAUUGUCUCGCGUUAUACAUCAUAACUUUAUCAGCUUGUUCUCUUCUUUACUUCGAAUUCAAGUGUAUUGCUAAUUUGCGGUUACUACACAUUACUACAUCGCCGCCAAAUCCAAGUCAUUUUGCAAUUCUUGUCCGAGGAAUACCCUGGUCUCCAGAACAAUCAUACUGCGAUACAGUGAAAAAGUUUUUCUCAUAUUACCAUGCAUCAACAUAUUUGUCACACCAAAUAGUGUAUAAGUCUGGUGCAGUUCAGAAACUGAAGGAUGAUGCAGAAGAUAUGUGUAAGAUGGUCGGUGUUGGUUGUCUUUCAUUGGGACAGACGUGUAGUCCAAACUUUACGGAAUGUUACUUUUGUGGAGGACCUGCAAAUUCUUUUAAGAUGAUUUCUAAUGAAAUUGAUAGUAUACAUGGGAGAACAGCCUACAGUGACUUGCAUUCAAAUUCAAGAAAAAAGGAAUGUGCGGCAGCCUUCGUGUUCUUUAAAACUCGGCAUGCUGCUCUUACGGCUGCCCAAAAUCUUCAAACAUCAAAUCCUAUGUUAUGGGUCACAGACCUAGCUCCUGAACCCCGUGAUGUUUACUGGACAAACCUUUGCAUACCAUACCAGCAACUUUGGAUCCGGAAGAUAGCUACAUUUGUGGCUUCGAUCACCUUCGUGCUUGUAUUCCUUAUCCCUGUCACAUUCGCACAAGGCUUGACUCAACUAGACAAGCUUGAGAAAAUGUUUCCUUUUCUUACAGGGAUGCUUCAAAAGAAAUUUGUGAUUCAGCUGGUGACUGGUUACUUGCCAAGUGUGAUUUUGGUUUUAUUUUUAUAUGCUGUUCCACCAGUGAUGAUGCAAUUUUCAGCAGUGGAGGGACCUAUUUCCCGUAGUGGAAGAAAGAAGAGUGCAUGCACCAAAGUUUUGUACUUCACAAUUUGGAAUGUGUUUUUUGUUAAUGUUUUUGCCGGGUCUAUCAUCAGCCAACUCUCAGUCUUUACUAGUAUAACAGAACUACCUGCCCAACUUGCCAAGGCAGUCCCACUGCAGGCUACCUACUUUACAACAUAUGUUCUAUCAUCUGGUUGGGCAAGUUUGGCAUUUGAAAUCAUGCAACUGUUUCCUCUUUUCUGCAAUCUGUUCCAGAGAUUCGUACUCGGGUAUAAGGACGAUUCAAUGGAUGGCAACCUAACUUUUCCAUACCAUACAGAAGUUCCAAGGAUAUUACUAUUUGGAUUCCUUGGGUUCACCUGUUCUAUUCUGGCACCCCUGAUAUUGCCCUUCUUAUUGUUUUACUUUAUACUUGCAUACCUCGUCUACCGAAACCAGAUUCUCAAUGUAUAUAUCAAAAAAUAUGAUGGCGGGGGACAGCUAUGGCCCAUUGCUCACAACACAACAGUUUUCUCAUUGCUCUUCUCUCAAGUUAUUGCACUUGGGGUGUUUGGACUAAAACGCUCAACAGUUGCAUCUGGAUUUACCAUUCCAUUGCUGAUUGGUACCAUUCUAUUUCAUCAAUAUUGUAGGCAGCGAUUUCUCCCAGUAUUUAAGAACAAUGCAGCACAGGUUCUCAUUGACAUGGAUCGUAGAGAUGAGCAUUGUGGGAGAAUGAACGAGGUUUAUGAACAAAUGCAUUCAGCUUACAGCCAGUCCACUGGUUCUACUCAAUCUGAAUGUUUCAGUAGUCGUCCAGGGAACAGGGAAUGUGUUCAGACCCCACAAGAUAUGGAGAGAGGCAUGGAUUAACCAAGAAGUUUGUCAUGGCCAGUUCAUUGUACUGUGAGUUAACCGGUACUUGGCAGGUAGUAAUAGAGUUCUGAGGCUUGUACAUGUGAAAAUCAUCGUGAUGUCCCUCCCAAAAAUGGGAGUGGUGCAUGAACAGCGGUGGGGAAAGGUAAUCUUAAUUCCAAAUACCUACGAAGAAAAUAGGAAUUGGACUCUCCCGGAAAGUUCAGUUGAGCGACAUAGUGGAUAUGUGUCAUGCUAUUAAUCCUAUUUUCUAUGUAACUGUAAUUGUGCAUUAUAAGAUAACAAUACAAUGGAUAAAUUUUUGUGAAGUGAUAGAAGUACAUUGUAUUUCUU